GUUGUGGUUAAGAUGGCGUGCGCCCGCAUUGAUCAGAAAUUGAGGUCAGCGAAUUCAACUAAUUCCCACAGGGUACUUAGUAAGGAGGUGAUAGAAGUUUCGUUAAGUACUUUUUGGUCACUUGAGACUUCCUUAUCGGACGGAUUGAGUCCAUUCAAGACUGUACUGUAAUCGUUGAGCUUGCAAGCUUCAAAGUUGACGACGCAGAUGUAGUGAAAAAGAUCGCGAGUUCACAGACAGUGGAGUUACAGGAAAUACUGAUUCUGAGCUGUAGUACUGUUGUCGUAAAUCUUCUGCUAGUUAACUAAAAAAUUCAGGAUCAGUGAAAUUCUUUCUGGAAGACCUGAAUGUUUAUUGUAUACCUCAUGACGGAGUAGCAGCUAUCAGAGGUUGUUGUAAAAUUGUUUCUUUGAACUUGGCGGAACCCACUCCAGCGAGGAAGACUACAUCAAAACUGUUGGCCUGUCCUCAGAAGUGGGUCAUUUCAACAUGGAUGCAGAAGAAGACCCCGAAGAAAUACUUUGUUCCUUACGUAAGGAAAUGACUUUUAUUAAAGCGGAGGAAACUUUGUUAAAGAAGCAAAUCCUGUCUUUAAACGAACAGUUCGAAGAGUUGAUGAUUUCAGUGGCCGAACUCUACCCUGACAUACUAAACGAGGACUUUGUACAGACACCCGAAGCUCGUAAGCCCGAGUAUGCUCUGCCAAAUGAUGCCCAUGAUAUGUCUACAAGAUACCAAGACACACUGCAAAGAACGCCAAGGAAAAGUCGAUGGAACGAGUGGAGGGAGGGGAGGGUGAGACGAAGGUUUUCAGGGGGAGAUAUGGAGCUGAAAGAAGAACAUUUCGUAAAGUCUGAUGGCAUUGCGGAAAGAGAAAAGACCAGACCUUCAAGUCUGAAUGUGAAUGAACUGAGUGAGAACAGUUUAAAGGGGAAACUCAGAAAUUCAAAACGAUCAAAUACAGACAUCCCGAAUAGUGCGGCCGCAACCCCCAGUGGGGAUGCGACAGGAGCUGUUGGUCUAGGAUCAAAUGAUUACGGGUUAAAACUAAUGUCACUAGACAGUGAAAGACGACGAAGAAUACGACAAAGACUAAAAGAGUCACGGAAGAAACUAGACGUGGUUCAUCUUGGAUUAUUCUGAUAUCCAGUAUUUUUUUCUGGUGAUAACUGCUUAUUCUGGUGCUUAUAGGACUAAUACUUAGACAGAUUUGCUGUUACUUUGAACUUAAAGAUAGCAGCGAAAGAUGCGCAGUUAAAUCACACGACUAAAAUUGAGCUGGUUAAAAUAUGGAAGAUGAAAGAUGUUCUAAGACGAUAAAACCAGGGUCUGGUUGUUCAAAGAGUGGAUAGCGCUAUCAGACGGAUAAAUCUCAUCCAGUGGAUAAAUUUAUCGGAUAACAGCAUUGACUUAUCCACUGGAUAAGGAUCUAUCCGUCGGAUAGCACUAUCCACUAUUCGUACAACCCAGAAUUUUAGAGAGAUAGGGAUUGUAAAAAAAAAGCAGAAAAUCAGAGAAUCGACUCCAUAAUGUUGGCCUUAAAACUCCAGGAAGUUUAACUGUUGUACUCGGAAUCUCAGUAACUUUAUAGGCUUAGCAUAAUGAGUGUUUCGACGCAUUUGUUAUUUUCUUUUGCCCUCCAAAAAUACUGACAAUACCGGCCAUAAACUAAAUUCUGCUUGAUGAAACAAAAGCGCUUGGCAAUUAGUUCUAAGAGAAGGAAACGACAAAAGACAUAGUAAAAAUGCGUGGUAUGGAUGAGAGGCAGCAAUAAAGACAAUUGACUCAAAAAACCUCGAUCUUUUGAACACUAUUCAUAUUUACGAAGAUAUAAAAUUUCGAACUACGCCUUUACUACUAAAAACGAAAACCUAAUGAAGGGCCUCAUUCGAAUUUUCAUAUAUUCAUAUGUACGACUGACGGAUCGGACAUUUAUACACUAGUCAUUUAAUUGGAUUUCCUGCAGUGAUAAAUGCAAGUUGGAAAAUAAAGUUCAAGCCUUGUGAAACCCU